UCUCUCUCUCUCUCUCUCGCCCUCUCUAAAAGUAAGGUGUUUCCAUUUUUCAUAUAAAAAGCAGCAAUAUAUUUCUCUAAGAUAUAAGUCGCAGAAAAAGGAAAGCCGGGAAAGAAGAGUGAAGAAGAGGAAGAAUGUUAAAGGAUACAGAGUGUGAUACCAAGCUAUGCCUCACUCCUGGAGGACGCAAUUAUUUCCCGUCUUCCCAUUCCGGCUCCGCGGGCUCCAGCAGGGUGGAGGAACAGGAAGGAAGAACAUCCCAGCAGCAGAUUUCCAUAUUCUAUGGUGGCCGUGUUUGCGUUUGUGAUGCAACAGAGAUCCAGGCCAGGGCCAUCAUAUGCAUGGCUCGGCGAGAGAUGGAGGAAAUGGCUACCAGGAAACAGAACGAUCGAGGCAUGGAAUCGUGUCAACUUUCUCCGGCUUCUAGGACUCCACAAGCCAUGCCACAGCUGCUAAAUCCGGGCCUCUCGAUGAAGCGAUCUCUGCAGCAGUUUUUGCAGAAAAGAAAAAGCAGGACUGAUGACUCCUCCCCUUACAAAAGCGCCCACCAUCACCUUCCCUCCUAAUGCUUCUGAAACUUGUGACUCAGUUUUUCUUUUCUUUUACUUUUUAUCUUUUCUUCCCCCUCCCCUCCCCUUAAUUUAGAGCAUUGUUUAAUCCAAUUUGCUAUUAUGUCUCCUUGAUUCAGGUAGGUGCCCAUUUUCAGGCAAAAGAAAAGGAACUACCAACAUAAAUAUCACACCUCUUUCUAUUUCUUUGGAAAAAGAAACCAUGCAAAGCGGAGAUUCCAAAUUCAGAUCUUCAACUGUGUAUUUUCGAAUAUCUUAGACCUGAAUAAUUGUUAUAGGAUAAGUCAUUCUCUCUUUCUGGGAAAAAAAAGAGAAAAAAGACAGGUCCGGUGCGAUACUUCUGGGCUUUGAUAAUUGUUUUCACUGUGAUUUCUUUCGAUCACCUAUUUGGCAUAGUACGUAUAACACGAUUAUGAGAACUUUUUAUGUA